CAACACUCGUCAGAAAGUGCCCGCAGACUUGCGAGAGGUGUGCCCGGGUGGAGAGGCGACGGAAACAUUGUGUCACAUGCAGAGGGUAUAAACCUCUCAGGUUAGCAGCCUCGAGAAGAGCAAAGAACUGGCGGCACACCACGAGGUCUGCCCAUUUCCGCCUCCGAUUAUCGCAUUUGGCGUAAGACCAACAGAGGCACAUGAAUGGCGGUCCCAUAGUUGUGAAGAGCGUGAAACACUUUUCUCAGACUCCAUGGCAGACUUCUGGAGCUGUCCCUGACCGAAUUCGGUUCAGCUUCACAGUAAGCGUCAUGCCAGAGGGUCACGUCCUCAAGGCAAAGCCAUGCGUACCAUGGCAACCGAGGGAGGUUGCCUCGCUGACCGGCGUCGUGUGCCAUUACCUGCGGGAGGUCAGCUGAGCCCUUUGCGAUCCCCAUAUACCAUCACUAGCGCCGCGUUCUGCAGCAAUGACUACAUGCUGCCUUGGCAGAGCAUCGGUGCAUCAGGACAUCGGCUGAGCCGGUGGCACGCGGAGAACCAGCGAGUCGGGAACAAUGGGAAAGCUUUAUCAUCGAAAUCAGCUCGAAUCGCUCCUCACUUAUCCGCAAUCAAAGCUUUUUCAGAAUUAUAUAUAGAUUUAGUUAUCUCAACUGACCGAAUAUUGGCCGCACCUCACGGUCUCCGUUGUCAUGCCACUGGGACCCGAAGCUUCGUGUAUGUGAAAGCUUGUGCCAACAACGAGGUGAUGAUGACCUGCAGAUCAUCCGGAAGUAUGACAGCCCCGCCCGCUUAGAUAACCACUUCGAGCUUCAUUUCACCAUGAGCAACUCCGAUGAUCACAACUCCUCAAUUGUGAAUCUGCUGACCGACAGC